GGGACUUGUAGUGCCUGGGCAGCUAGCAAAUGAGAAGAGUCGCAGUUUUGAAUUCCCGCCCCCCGCUCGCGCCGAUGGUGACCCUCUGCUGUGUAGGCAGAUUUGGUUUCCUCCUCAGUCCCGGAAGCGGCGCCACUGGGGGGUUCGUAACGGCGCCGACUGGCUCUUAUGGUAGCCGGAGUGGGUCAAAAGAGUCGGUGGUGAAGAUCGGAAAGUUAAAAAAAAAGAAAAAGAGUUUUAAAACAGGUGGGCCUUCCCCCUCCCCUUUCUCGCCUCCUUGUGACUCCGGCGUCCUCGGUGAGCGCGAACUUUUGGGGUCGGGUUGGGGGAAUGAGGACUUCGGGUUCCUCGGGGCCGCUUUCAGUGGGCGGACAAGCAUUUCAAGGCAGGGGGACCCUGAUGUGUCUUGGGGGUUCCUCUGGAAAUCCUUUGGGGCUUGGGAACGGACGGGGAGCAGCCUUGUCUUGUAGAAGAAGGAGGGGAUUUUUUUAAUAGGACGUUGAGAAACAGACACAGUCAUCUCUUCCUAUAUUACCCAGUGAUUUUGGGAAAUAACGGCCUCUGCUUUUUGUACUUUAUCUGGAGGUUUUGCAAUAAGGGCACAUCUUGGGUCGUGGCAAAAAUAGGCACGUCCCUGAAUAAGGUUUCCGCUCGCAAAUUUAUUUUGUGCCACCUGCAAGCCAAGGAGCUCCCUCCGGGCUCCAUCUGGGCGCUGAGAUGCCACAGAUGACCAUUUUGGUCUGCCAUCUGUCGAAACGAGGCGUUUCAGGCUACAGCUGUGUAGAGAACUUAGCAUUUCAGGGUUUGUUUGUUCGUUCGUUUGUUUUUACUUAUUUACUCUAAGCCACCCAAGCAACUUUACGUUAUGUAUGACAUUUGUAUGCCACCCUAUAAGUAAUUAAAUCCCAUUCAGUUUGGUUGCUUAUUGACACUUAGGCUGCAGCCCUGUGCAUGUUGGCACAUGAGGAAGUCGCAUGGAGUUCAGUGGGUGUUACUUCCAGGUAUGUGGGUGCAGGAUUGUGAACUUAGUGGUUUUUUAAACAGCUGUCUAAAAGAAACAGUGUGAAUGUGUGCCAACCCCAUUUAGGACAGUCUGCUCUUUUUCAUCUGCUGCUAAAGGUAUCAAUUUAUUUAUUUACUAAUGGUUCAGGGCAGUAUGAGGUGAGAAUAACCUCUUGUCUUCAGAAAAAUCUAAAUUGGUUAAAGCUACCUCAGGAGAAAUUUGUCCUGCUUAAUAUAGGCAUCCCCAUCAGACCAGCAUUGCACACCCUUUUGUACUUUUUUUCUCAUGAUCUGUAGAAAUAUAGAUAAAAACAAUACCAAACACACUUACUUGUUUCUCUGGCAUUUAUCCUGAGUCUUUCCCUUCUACAUCUAGCCCCAAUAUUUCUCCUUAACACACACAUUCAUUCCCCAAGGGAAGUCCCUGUCCUCUAAGCUUUCUCCUUAUUCUCCAUGAUCUUAGCCUGCAAAUGAUCCAGUACUUUCAAACAGUCUUGGAAGCAGCUUUGGGUUUUCUGGUAUCUAAAUAAAAAUAAGUUUACAAUUUUUGGCUAGCCCUAGUAGCCAAGCCAAAAUUGUGGUUUUAAGGACCCUUCCCCUUUCCUUGUCACUUACUUCACCCUGCGCCCCUGCACAUAGUCAAGGACUGUCUUUUUGUGCCCUCCCUAGCUUCAGAUCUGGAGCUCAAAAGAGCUGCAAGGAGUUGCGGGUUUGGCUGCUGUAUCUUACAUGAUGCCCAGGCACUAAGGAAACUCUUGCUUCACUUUCUUGCUGAAAAGAGGGAAGCGUUCCAUCGUUAGCCACUACAGGCUUGUUUCCAAUUCUCCAAAACAUUGUUUGAAGAGUUGGAAACAUUAUGCACAAAACCACCCAAAUGAAUUUAGAAUCUUGCUGAUUGUCAUUAGUAUGGCAAUUGAAUAAACUCUAAUACAGUUUCCUAUGUUGUCUCAAUAAUUUAUAUUUUGUAUGUUCCAUAUGGGAAGUUUUCAAAGAAUGCUUUGGAUUGAUAGCUUCUUGUUGCAUAAGAAAUAAAAAUAGUGUUCUUUGAGAUUCAACUAGGGCAGGGCUAGUUAAUGUAAUGCCCUCUAGAUGUUGUUGGAUUCAAAAUCCCAUCAUUCCUGACCAUCAGCCAUGCUUGGGGCUGACAACAGGAGUAUAAAUAAUAAAAUUGUUGUUGUUAUUAUUCUUAACAUCUGGAGGGCACCAUAUUGGUGACCCUUGAUAGGUGCUUGGGCUUAUUUUAUCCCUGAAAUAGCCAGAGAAAGCUUUCAGAGCUGCAGACUUGCAGAUAAAUUUUAGCUUUACGAAUGCCCUUGAUCUUAAAAAGGCAAUGAAAGAAAUCAGCCCCCCGGAAGCUGCUAUUCUUCAGCCAUUUACACUGACAUAAAAUCUGAUGGAGCAUAUGCAAACGUAUCCCUUCUUUCUGAAGUUACACUGCUGAUACACUUAUCUCCGUGCAGCAUUGUUUAUGUAAUGAGAUGUCUGUUCAAAAUUAAGUACUCAUAUUGUGAAGAAAUUCUUGCUUUGCUAACCUUGCUUUGUUUGCUUAGCUGUUUUCCAAUGCAAAUAUUUACAGAGGUAGAAAGGAAGGUUAACACUCAACAAUAGUUCCUCCAUCCAUAUCCAUCCAAAAUCCAUAUCACAGCAAUACCAUUAGUAGCAGCAAAAAGACAAAGUCAAAGGAAUAAAUUAAUAUAGUCUGUGAACAAGCAAAUAGAAACCUGACGUAUCAUGGUCAUUAUAUAAUAACAAACAAUGUGAACCAUAUACAAGCCAUUGAAAUUAUUUAAACAGCACACUACAGACAAUUCCCCAAUAAAUUUGGAGUAAGAUUUCCAUAAUUAAAACUCAUUUCCUGCUUUUUCAACUAACAGAAAGCAUGUAUGAAUGGCAGCUCUCACUGCCUCCAUUCUUUGGUGUUUUUCUUCCUUUCUCAUUAAUGUCAAUACAGUACACCCAGAAAACAUAUUAUUAAAAAUAUAUUUUUUAAAUCACCCACUAUGAUAUAGAAUGUAUAAUGUAAGGCCACUAUACAUAAUGUAAUUGAAAUACCUGUUUAGUUUUGUUAAAUGUUUUCAUGGUAAUCUUACAUCAAAAUCCAAUAACAUAUGGCUUGACUUGGCACAGUAUUUGGUGACAUUUUGGUUAGCCUGUUAAAGGUAUUGCCUUAAUACAGAUUUUGAUUUUUUUUUUUAAUGAGCCAACACACCUGACCUUUACUUGUAUUCUUCGUUUUAUAAUUGAAAGCCAUGCAACGUAUAAAUUUUCUAGUGAAUUUUUAAAGUAGCUCUUUUGCAAGAAUAAUCUAACAUAUUACAGGAGACUUUGUUUUGGUAAUUUAUUUUUAAGCAUACUCCUCUUUUUGUUUGCAACCCAGAUUUCUUCCCUUUUAAUACAUUUUGGACUGGGAUAGAACCCAACUCUCUUAAAUAGAGCAUUAAUAUUCAUGAGCCCAGAGUCCUGCUUCUGAACAGAAUAGACAUAAUAUAAAACUGUGUCCCUUUUGCAGCAAUUCAAAUAUUUUUCUCUGUCUUCCAAUUAGUGUUUAGGUGUUCUCAGAUGUACACCAAUGUAAUCUAUGUACACAGGACAGUUUACUGUGAAAUAGAGAGCAUUUGGAGGACAUUAUGUUUUAUUUAGCGUUGGAUGAUAAUUUUACUGUUGUAUAUUUGGAAUAAAAUGUUUUUAUUAUUUAUUCAUAGAAGUUACAAUUGCUUUUCUCUCUGCAAGUGGAGGCUUCUGAGAUUUUAUUGCUCUUCCUAGUCACAAUAUGUUCAACCACCUAAUAACACAAGCAUGCUUAGCUAUGCCCUGAGUGUUCAUGGAUGUGUUUAUUCCUUUUCCUUUUGCAGUAGCACAGAUUAGUGUCUUUUGAGACAGUGAUGGCUUUUCCUCUUGAAUCUGAACAUGGAGGCCACAGGGACAGAUGAAGUAGAGAAAAUAAAAUCAAAGUUUAUGUCUGCAUGGCAUAAUAUGAAAUACAGUAAGUGAAACGCGAUAAAUUGCAUUGCUUAAAACAAUUAAUGGAAGAAUGCAACCUCAUCUUUGAAAAUGGAUUGUGCAUUGUCUCAAAUGACUGAAGCUGGUUUGCUGUUCCCAGUUAAUGUUAACUGUUGUUAGUGCUGGUGCAGAUGUAAAGCUAAUACUACAAGGGAAGGAAGUGGGAAUUUGCAUGAGAGCAUGAGUCCUUUUUUGAACUCUGAGGCCCAGUCGACUCAUUCGGAUGUAAUGCUAAGCCAUUUCGUAUUAUGUGAAUGAGACUUGGGUUUGUCAACUUCCUCCCCAUCUCUCCUCUCUCAGUGCAACUGCAAAAAGGAGAUCAGAAGCAUUCAUUUCUAUUUUUAGCUAACCUUUGUUUAGCAUUAUGUCCAAAGCAAACUAUUUUACCUAUGGUUUAUGGAAACAAGCCAGCUUUAUUAUUAUUAUUAUUAUUAUUAUUAUUAUUAAUAAUAAUAAUUUAUACCCUGCCCUCCCCAGCCAAGGCCAGGCUCAUGGUUAAGCCAUGGUUUAUGAAGUUGGCUUGUUUUCAUAAACCAUAGAUAAAGUUUAACCACAGUGUCGGGUUUGGCUAGACUGCCAUCGAUUGAAAAGAGAGCUUUUGAUCUAAUUGUGGGAGUGUCAGAGGAAGAAAUGCAUGAACCACAGUUUAGUACUGUGUCUGAAACAAGCCAGUGAGAUAGCAAUUAGGGUGUGUUUAGUGCUAAUGAAAUAUUGUUGCUUUGUCCUUAAUUAAAUUCUCAACUGUAUGGUUAAAACAUAGUUUAGCUGAGUAGUCUUCAACCUUUUCAGACCCAGUACCCACUUUCAACCCAAAUAUGUACAUGGGAAAAAAUUUCUUAGUUUUUUUUACCAUAUAUUUGUAUGGCGGUAGUAUGACCUGUCUUAAAUCAGGCCAUGACCUGGUGAUGGGUCCCAGCUGAAGACUGAUGAUUUAGCUUGUGACACCCAGCCUUUCCCUUGGAGGGCAUCUGUAGAUAGACCUACUUGUCAUCUUGCAGGUUGGGAGGUUGAUGACGUAUGAAACUGCCAUAGCCAUGACUAAGAAAGUGGCGGUGUUACUUCUCCAUUAGUUGACAAAUUUUUCCUUCCAGAAAUUUCUGCACCUCUUUGGACACCUACUCCUAUAUCACUAUUAAAAGAACCACUUGCACUUACAUAGUCAGCAAUAGCUGGGGAUAAAUCAGUGUAUUUCCCCAUUCUGUGAAUUCCAUGUAAUCAGAUAUCCAUGACAGAUACAAAUCUAUUCUGGUAUCAUAGUCCACGAGGAAGAUGCUAAAAAAGGGGAAGAAGAGGAUAGCUUGAGAAAAGAAAAUAUUUAUGAAACUUUCUGCAGAAAUAACCAAAAGAGCAACUGUUGUUUUGUAGUUCCUAACAAUUAAAGCUUAAAGAAAACUUGAAAGAUUCUACUAGGUUUUUGUCAGGUUUCUGCCCUCAGUAAAGAGAAACUCAAAAGACAUAACUAUUUGAAGACUUUUAAAAAACAAACCAGUCUUUAAUUCUGUUGCUGUUUAAUUUUUAUUGUUUGCCCUGGAUUUCUGGUCCCUAUUUUUAAUGUGCUUUUAGCCUUCAAUCUAGCUGUUUUUCAACCUCGUUUAGCCUUUCCUUCCUCUGUGUGAGGAGCGGGUCAGGGCUGAGUCAGGGUGAGCACCCCCUGCCCACAAGUUCCCACGACCAUGUUGAGGACUGAAUAUGUUUUUGUAUUUGAUUGCUUUGAGUGUUGCCUUUCAGAGGGAUGAUAUGGGCUGGAUAGAAAUUUUGUGUAAAUGCUUGUUUAUUUAUUUGAAACAUUUAUAUAGUACCUGUUUCAAACAAGAUUGGAUUUAUUUCUCAAUACUGUGUUUCCACUAGUUGUUACUGCUGCUUGGAAAGUGAAACUUUCUAUGUAUGCUUUUUUUUAAAGUGCAGACAUCAACAUAAACUAUUUAACAAAUUUAACAUAGGAAUAACCUAAACCCUAUUUGUGUUGUACAAAGCAGAGGAACUUGUUUUUAAUAAAAGCUGAGACUGUUCAUUUUCUUCCUUGCUUUCUGUGAACUUCAUUAAAGUUGGCCUGGAGAUCAUUUCUAAAUGUCUUACUUUGCUUUUCUUCUUCUUUAUAGGCUGGGUGUUGAAAACAAAAACUUACUUUAGCAGAAAUUCUCCUGUCUUUUUGCUGGGAAAAUGCUACCAUUUCAAAACUGAGGGUAUGUGCUGCAAGCAUGUAACUUGCUCUUCAGUCCAAAUGGACAUUGAUGCAUAUAUAUUACUGUUUCCCACUUGCAAUAAGUGGCUGCUGGAAAAGUCUUACAUUCCAUAUGUGAAGGAUCUUCAUAGGACAUAUUAAAGCUCUGUUCCCUUACUUCCAAUACACCCAAAGUUGUACAGACAGCUACCAACACAAUCUGUGUGAAGCCAGCAUAUACCUCUCAGAUCCUCUCUACUUUGUUAAGGACCUUGAUGAGUGCAGUUGGAGGGUUGGGUGAGGCAUGCAUAGGCCUCAAAUUCUUUAUAGUGGCUUGUGAGCAUGUGCAGACUGGGCAAACAGGGCUUUGUAAAAUCCUGUGUCAAUUCAUUUGUGUCUAGGCAACAAUUGUGCUUAUAUGUCAAUUACAGCCCUGCCUUAAUGUCAGUUACCGUAUUUUCUUCGGUUUUCCUUUCUGCAAAAGUUCUCUGCAGGAUAAUUGUUUCUAUAAUAUGGAAGAAUGAUAUAACAAAAACCAAUCCAAACUGGCAACUGUUUCUGUUUGCCUUCUGAUUUUUAUAUAAUUUUUUCUCCCACAUUUCCUUUAAAUAUUCUGACCUGAAGACACUGGCUUUACCUUUACUUUUUAUGGAGUGAAGCCUCUAGCUCAGGGGUAGGCAACCCAAGGGCCGUGGGCCACAAGCGGCCCACGGGGGUCAUUUAACCGGCCCACGAGCCGCCCACUCGGCGAGUCCCCACGCACUGUGCUAAACCAGCGCAGUGUGGCGCAGGGACUCCCUUGCGCGGUGCCAGAAAUCGCGUCUGUGCAGGUGCAGACACCAGAAAUCGCGGCCACGCGCAUGUGAUCCAGCCCAAAGAGGGAUCUCCGCUGGAGUGAACCGGCCCAGUCGAGGUAAACUUUGCUGACCCCUGCUCUAGCUGUAUAUUCAUUCCCUAUGGCAAAUACCUGUAAGCUCAAGUUACUAUUUUUGUUUUAUUAUUUUGUGGAGAUUUCUCAUAGUGGGCUUUGUACUGUUCACAGUUCUGAUAAACUGUACAAGAUUUUGCAGUUGGUCACUUAUUUAAAACAAGUACUAGUAAACUUUUUUUUUUUUUAAAAGAAGCUUGUUAUGUCUCUCUCUUAUAGAGUCAAGUGACACGUCACCAAAUGGGUCAAAUUAUGAUAUAACAGAUGAAGGGAUUUCAAGAAACGUGGAAGAGUUCCGUAAAGAUUUUAUUUCCAGAAUAUGGCUGACAUACAGAGAAGAAUUUCCUCAAAUCAAGGGCUCAGCUUUAACAACAGACUGUGGCUGGGGCUGUACCCUGAGGACUGGCCAGAUGCUUCUAGCACAAGGACUUAUUCUUCACUUUCUUGGUAGAGGCAAGUUCACCAGAUUUUUGACCUAUUCAGUUAACUUUUAGUUUUUGAUUUGAGGGAAUAGAUAACCAAAGGAAUUGGGCCAUGUGUGCUUAUGAGAAUGAAGUGUGUUAGAAUUGUAGAGUUUGAAGGGACCACAAGGGUCUUCUAGCCCAAACUCCUGCAAUGCUGGAAUUUAUUGCCCAUCGUGGGGCUCAAACCUACAGCCCUGAGAUUAAUCUCAUGUUCUACCUACUGAGCUAUCCUGAGUGUUAGCCUUUCAAAUUCAGUAGUUACAUGCAAUGCUUAUUAGGUUUUUAUUCUGAAUGAUUUUUAAAGAACAGUGUGGGGGAUGUAUUGGUGGGUGUUGUGAAACUCUGUAGAAACCAUAAUUAUGCAAUCCUUUUCCAAAAUGGAUGCAACUUUCUAAUGCUUGUGUUUGGCAAGCAUGGAUGUAUAUGUUUUCUUCCCCAAAAAUAUGUUGCUCUUCUAAUGUUUUUUACCCCAAAGAUACCUUGACUUUUGUUUCUUAUUUAGCAUUUGAGAGGAUGUAGCCUGUUCCUAAAUCUCACUAAGGCAAUAUCUUGUGGCAAUGAGUUUCACAACCUAGUUGUAAAAUCAUUUUGAGGAAAUUGCUUGAGGACAUUUAAUAAUUUUAAAUACAAAUUAAUUUAUUCUAACUUCUUGGAAACCAUGUUUAAUUCUUGGAAAAAUGAAAAACAAUUCAAUUGAAAAAGUUAGCAGUUAAGUUUGGUGUAAUUCAAUGACAUUUCUUAAUUGAUCGAUGCCCCUUAAUCCUGUUCUGUGUGAAAAGUUGUGGUGGAACUGUUAUAAAAUCAGUGUUGUUGUACUUUUAUUCGGAAACUCUGGGAUAGUCUGGCUGAUGCUAAAUCUCUGUUGUUUAGUGUAGAGAACAGACAACUUUAAGCGUCUUUAAAUUUCCACCAGAUAAUUUAAAACGAAUAAAAAUUCUUUAAAUUGUUUACUAGCAGGCAAACCAUUAACUAUAUGCUGUGUCUGUCACAGACUGGACGUGGCCAGAUGCAUUUGUCAUUGAAAAUUCAGACUCUGAAUCAUGGACAAGUCACACAGUAAAAAAGCUCACUGCAUCCCUCGAAGCAUCACGUACAGGAGAGAAAGAAUUCAGGAACCAGUCAAGCCACCACAAGCAAGCCCCAGGGGGGAACUGGGGGAACAGAGAAAGGAGGGAUGAACACUUUCAUCGAAAAAUAAUAUCGUGGUUUGGCGAUUCUCCACUUGCAAAUUUUGGCUUGCAUCGCCUAACAGAAUAUGGAAACAAGUCUGGGAAAAUAGCUGGAGAUUGGUAUGGGCCAGCUGUUGUAGCACACCUUUUGAGGUAAAAACAAACUAAAUUGUCUUUCACUAAUGUAUCCAAUGGAGGGAGAGCUCAUUUUAGCACUGUCUUGAGAUUGUCAGCUAAUUAGAAAGUAACAAUUAAAGCUUUAGCUAUAUAUCCUUGUCAUUAGUGAUUCAAAUUCAUAGGAUGUGUUCCAGAAAGAAGAAAAGGAAGGAGUAGUGAAUAUUUCAAGAAUGGUCUCUGUUUAAAGUUUCUUUUAUUUCUGAAACAUUUCCGUUGGAUUAUUCUAGACUACAAAGAUUUGUUCCAAACCUAGACUUUUCGUAGGGUAUCUUGAAUGAAAUGUUCUAAAAACCAACAACUCUUUUAACCUUGGAACAUGCAUAACAUUAUAGACUACUACUUCUUUUUUUUAAUACUGUAACCUGGGGGCUGUAAUGUACUGAUAGUGUAAUGAACUGUCAGAGUUUAAAAUUGAUGUUUUCAGCAUUUCUUUGCACACAUCAAAUUCUUUUGAAAUUGUAAGUGUAUGGGACUAUUAAUAUUAUAAUUACAUAAUAGUAAAAGUAAAGGGUCUGUGACAUUCAGCCUAGAUUGAAAAAAAGAAAAAAGCUGAAAGUCAGAUUUCUCAGUACAGGGUGCCUUUAUGUGCCAUUUUUUUGGACACCAUUGAUUUUGUAUUUUUAUAGUCUUAUGUUCUAGGUGGGUCCCAAUAUGGUCAUAAAUUGAAUCAUUAAACUUUCUAAGCACAAGAGGCCAAAGUGCAGAUGUAAAUUUUUACAUUUAUAUAGAUGCAGGAGUCACGUGCUGCUUGUAUAGCAAGAAUAUUCACCUUGAAUGAGACUACUGGGAAAUAAUGCAGUGUCUUGAGAGGUGAAGGUUAUUUAUGUAUCCAGUUGAAUUUGCAGAGAUAAAUAAUUGGAAUUGACACGGAAAACUUACUAAUAUUUUCCUAGAAUUUCACGUUACGCUUUUCAAAAAGGAAGCUUCUAAGGUUUUCAUGUUCAACUUGAAUAUUUUCUGUAAACCAAUACCACCAGAAAUUUAUCCAUUGCAUAGCCACCUUAUCUAUUCAUAGUACACCCCUUCCCCACCCACUUGGAUCCCUCAUACAACUUGGAGCUGAUUGUUCUUCAGAAUGCUCUGAGGCCAUGAGUAGCUAACCUUUGGGGGCAAUAACAGUAUACAUACUUGCACGGGAGUAUUUCCUACUGAAACUGGUGGGCCUUACUUCUGGGUAAACAGGUUUGUGCAUUUAACUUUGGAGCUAAGGUCAUACAAUGAUUAUAUAUACAGAUUGGGUUGGAUCCAGUCUAGUAAUGAUGUACAGUCCUUGUGCUCCUGGAAAAGCUUUUGCAGAGGGUUGAUGGACCCUCCGGAACAGUAUGGGAUGUGAUGGUGGAAGAUUCGGGGACAAGGGGAAAAUCAGGAUGAAGGGUGAAGAAAAGCCUUUGCCCUCUUUCACCAGCAGAAACCCUCGGCCAGAUUCUGUGGGGGGACAACCCAUUAUGUCUUUGUGUCCCAUAACAUGCUCCCAAAUCUAUUUUACCACAUGUAUAUGUGGUUGGUUAUGACUGAUGGCAGAUUUCCACUGUGUGUACUCUGUAUCAUAACAGGUUUGUAACAUGUUGGCACAUUAUAGUGGGCAAUUGGCUUUCUUCACGCAUUUCAACAAAGAUGUGUGCAGUUUCCCUAACUCAGAUUUUUCAGCAUUUCUUCUUUAGUAAAGCAAGCUACAGUGGUACCUUGGGUUACAUACGCUUCAGGUUACAUACACUUCAGGUUACAGACUCCUCUAACCCCGAAAUAGUACCUCGGGUUAAGAACUUUGCUUCAGGUUGAGAACAGAAAUCGUGCAGCGGCGGCACAGCGGCAGCAGGAGGCCCCAUUAGCUAAAGUGGUGCUUCAGGUUAAGAACAGUUUCAGGUUAAGUACGGACCUCCGGAAUGAAUUACGUACUUAACCUGAGGUACCACUGUAUACUAAAACAGUUUCAACUUGGUGAAUUAGCUAUCUGCUAAUUGGAAGUAAGCAUAAUGAAAAACAGACUGGCAUUGUCUUAUGAUGCUUGUUUUUAAAUUGCUUUUGUUUUCCUUGCUUGCCACAUUUUGCAGUCUGCGAAUUACACUUGUAGUUCAUCUUUGUGGCAGAUUAAGGCUGUGUUUUUCAGCGCUCCUGCCUAGUCUUUCUCCAGAGUAGGUGAUUUGAGGAUUGUGUCCUAAUAAAACUGUCGGCACAUUUGCAAAGCUAAACAGGGUCCGGUGGGGUUUCAAAUUGGAUGAGGGACCGUGUGUUGAGAUUAUUUCACUGAAGGGGGUUGGACUAGAUGAUCCUUGGGAUUGCUUCCAACUCUAUGGUUAUGAUUCUGCACCUUAAUUCUGUGCAUUGUGAACCUAAAGGAAGCCUGUUUGUAUUUAGAAAAGCUGUUGAAGAGUCAAAAGACCCUGAGUUACAAGGAAUAACUGUCUACGUUGCUCAAGAUUGUACAGGUAAGGGGGGUAUAUUGUGCAGUAUUCUUGACCAAUGCUAGUGUUAAAUCUUACAUUUCUUUGUGAUGCUAAAAACAUAAGAGUUUGAUCCAAACAUAGAGUUUGAUCCAUUUUGCAAAUGGAUAGGAACAUUUCAAUUUGUACUCCUCGUGAUAGCUUCCUGUCUCAACAUUCCAGAGAACCUACUUAUUCUUAACCAGAUUUUUUUUUCUUGGGUGGGGAGGUCCCACAAUGCAAACAAAACCCCACUGACAUUCUUCUGGAUCGAAAGCUUUACAAACAAAGUUACACAUUGCAAAACUUCAUAUAUAAAUAAGGUUAAUAUUAAGCAUUUGGGUUAGAUUGUAAGCUCCAUGGGGCAAAAAGCUUCUUGUUGUUUCACUCUACGGUGUUAUUGUAUAUUGUUGGUGCAGGGUAAAUCACAAAUGAUAAUUACUGAAUUCCUGGGGAUCAGUGUUGCUGCACCGACGCUUAAAUGUUUGUUUGAGUAACAUUUUCUAAUGCUGAAAUAUGGAAGCCUUUUCUUUUCUAAUACGACCAGAGGAUUGUGCACUUCUGUAACAUCUGCCGUGAGCAGGUCCUCUGAACUUACUGACUCAGUGUUUCGGACUCAUUCUUCUUUCCCAACAUGCACAAACCAUUUUAAGUGAUAUAUUAAUUCUUUUUCUCUACGGAAAAAAAAUUUCCGAGUAAUUAAAAGUAUAGUUUAAGAAAGCCAUCUUCUCUCUCCUGUGCUAUUAGAUCAAUGCAAAAAAUUAAUUUCCUUCUGCCCUGGAGUAAUAAUGAAUGUUUUCACUUUGCAUUGAAUACUCAAAUAUAUCAGGCAGGCAAUAAAGCAAACACAAUCGCAGUUUCCUUAUUGGACGAAAGCAGCAUAAAUGCUCUGAUUAUGUAUGUGCUGCUUCCAGGCGAGGUUGGAUACUAAUGCUUUUGCUGGAGUCCCAGAGGGAGAUGCGUAACGCUGGGCUUCUGGUAGAGAUGCUGCUGUGAGUGAUCGCCCCAAAGCUGUGAUAUACCCAGGCUGUAAGAGUAUGAGAAUAGCCCUCUGGAUCAGGCCAGUGGCCCAUCUGGUCCAGCAUCCUGUUCUCACAGUAGCCAACUAGAUGCCUGUGAGAAGCCAGGGUGUGGAACGGAGCACAAGGGCAACACUCUUUCCUCCCAUGGUUUCCAGCAACUGGUAUUCAGAAGCGUUGCUACCUCCAGCUCUGGAGGCAAGAGCAUAGUCAUCCUGGUUAGUAGCCUUGAAUAGCCCUCUCUUCCAUGCACCUUCCACCCCCUGGAACAGGACAAUGUUAGCAGCAGCUAGAAGGUCUGUGGGACAUGUCCAAACCAGGUAUGCCUAUGGUUUGCCUAGGCUCAACUGCUUGCUUUCUUAGCAAAAGUUCUUGCAGAUUUAAUUACGGGAUCAGGUUUCAUGACAAUGCAUAAUACAGUGUGGUUGUCUUGAAGCUGCCACAAGACAAAUUGCUGUUUAUGCUCCAGCAGACUAGCAGAGCCCUCUGGAAAUCCCUUGCAUUGACAUAUCUGCAUCGGUGUGGCCUAGGAGGGAGAGAUGGCGAGCCUAACCCUAUUUGCCUGGGAGUGAACCCUGAUGAAUUCAAUGCAACACACUACUGAAUAGAUAUGCUGUAAAUCAGCAAAGUGCUGUUUUCAGUUGGACUCCAAGAUCUCUUGGUGCAGCGCGUGGGUGGAUUUCACGCUAUAUUGACACAGCAGUGGAAACCUAUUCAUGACUAGUGAGCCAAGAAGCACCAGUCCCAUCAGUUCAUGUUACAGCAGUUGGGCUUCAUGCAGUGCAGGGUUUGUGGCAUCUCUGGUUUCUGCCCUUAGGCAUGCACACUCACACACUUGUGUUUCUGGCCCUCAGUGGGAGAACACAAGAAUCCAUGAGGAGGGCCAAACAGUGCCAGUUCCCUCCUAUCCCCCUUAAAAUCAGCAGAUACCUUGUUUUUUGGUUGGUUUAUUCAGUGUGUAUUUGGCUUUGUUUGGUUUAUUCAGCAUGUGUUUGAAAACACGUUUUUAAAAAUCUCCCUUACAUUUCGUGUUGCCUCAUUCAAGUUUACAAGUCCGAUGUUAUCGAUACGCAGUGCUCUUUCGCGGAUUCUGAAAAAUCGGAUGCCAAAUCUGUCAUCAUAUUAAUUCCCGUGAGGCUGGGAGGAGAAAGAACCAACAUGGAAUACCUAGAGUUUGUGAAGGUAUGAAACGAGUUUCAGUGUCACUUUUCAGAAAGUAACACUAGAUGGUAUAAAAAGACAGUUAAGGAUGGAAAUCUUCAAUCUAUUAAAAGUAUUUAUGAUUUUUACGGUAGUAGAUCAUAAAGUUUGACUUCAGAAAUUUGAAAUUUCAGUAUGCAGACAUAAUUGCAGGGCUAGGAUAUUCAAUGUUAAACCAGUUAUAACUAUUCCAGUCCCUAAAUGGCUGUCUUACUGAUGCAGUAAUUCAGGAUAAAGACUGAUCUGAUUUCACCUGUAUUGGUGGUUCAUUCAGUGAGCACCCCCAUGCAUCCUUGAUUUUAAAAUGUUACCUAGGAUCUUCAUCUGUUCCCCACACUUAAGCAGCUGAUUAGUGGCAUUUACAUUAACAGUAUCCGUUUUCUGUCUCAGUGGUGCUAAUAAUCAAUUUAAGACUGUCAUGGAAGCCCUAAAGAUGACUAUCUCAAAUAUCAGCAAUAGUGUGCCAUCCCUUCAGUCUAUGCUCUUGUGACCCUCCUUUUCCGUAAAACACUCGGAUAUCAAAAUUAAUAAGCAUGUUCAGACACUGGGUGGUAUAACAUCUGCUGCUGCACUCUGUUGUACCCAUAUUGGCUGUUGUACUAUAGACGGUUCAUUGUAAUCUCUCCGUUUGGAAAUUGUCCUAUCCUCUUGCCUAUUUUACAUACUUCUAGUCCUCCCUCCAUGGAAAUGUUUUACCUGGGCCUGUAAAAAUACUCUUCUGAAUUAAUGGAAGCUGUGCCUAAAGGGAAGAAAAGGGGACCAGCCCUGCUUCUAUUUUCGCCAAGUAGUCUUAAGAAGCAGAGUCUACUUGAUUAGUCAGGGGUUCAGAGGCUGUGCUAAAUGAAGUAAAAUGACAAUAUGGCAGCUAUUUGUUUAGCCUGCUCCAAAUGUGAAGGUUUUAAAGUUAGGAUUUCCUUCUCAUUUGCUUUCUUGUCAAUGUCUGGAAGGACAAGUGUCAUGCUCCAUAUGUACAUGGACACACAAUGAAUAGCAUCAGUUGAAUGAAAAAGAGGAUGGGUUUAAUUUUGCUUGUCAAAGUAGUUGUAGACGCCAGGGAACCUGCACAGGUUUUGUCAGGCAUAUUAGCAUGCAGUCCUUUGAAAUGUGGACCUUUAGAUUCUUUAUCCCACAGCAGGCUUAACAUCCCUCUCUCAAAUGCUCCUUAGUCUCAAACUCAUCCCGAGUGUCAGGCUUGUUUGCUCCUUCCCUCCCCGUUGUGGCUCAGUGCCUAGGUCUUUUCGCCAUUGCUGUUACUAUUCUGGAAUGGCUUAUCCAUGCUUCCUGCAACCCCAAAGUGCUUUCUCUGUGCCAAGAGGGGGAGGAGGCCACUUCCUCCCUGGGGCGGCGAGGAAGCCUUUGGGAAGUGCAGUCCAAGCAGAUCAACCCUUUUGUAGCAGUCUGCUUCCCAGCAGAACACUCUGAGAUGGAAGGGGCGGAGUGACCAGAGAUGCCAGGGACUGCCAGGCCAAGGGAUUCAGGCAGCCCACAGGUUGCUCAGUUCACCUCUGCCUCACACUUUCUCUGAAUGCCUUUCUUAGGUAAAUGAUACAGCUCUGCUUUCCUCUUGUAAGCAGCUUGUACUGAACAAAAUUAGCCAGCAUGGAAUUAAGUCUACUGUGUGGUAAUCCUGCCUCUCCCCCCUGCCCCAUUUAUUUAUUGUGAUGACAGGGGAUUUUGAGUCUUGAAUACUGCAUUGGUAUUAUUGGUGGCAAACCUAAGCAGUCAUAUUACUUUGCUGGAUUUCAAGGUUAGUAUUUUAAUAAGGUAUGUCUUUUUCAGUGUGGUAUACCUCCUCUCUUCUCUUCUCUUCUCUCCUCCCCACCCCCUCCCACCCGCCAAGCUUUGGAGUUAAUAGAAACCCCCUGGGAAGUGGAAUGAUUAAAAUAGCAAAAUGAGUACUUUAUUAAUCAGACUCACCAAAGUCCAGUCAUUUGUCAUUUGCCCUAUAUGGUAAUUGGAUUCUGUAAAAUGUACAUUUAAUUUUCUUUGUUGCACAAACAAGGCAUAAUUUAUUUGUUUCAUCAAACUCUCUGAGCCUUUCACUGCUUACUACCUGGCAGAUCUUGGUUAUAUAUUUACCCUUUAGUAGUUUAAAUGGUACAGGUUGAUGACCAAAUGACAAGCAAAUAUGUUCUUCCUGUCAUGAUGAGGGAGUACAAUGCAUUUUUCAUAUGCAAACUCCUGGAAUAUAAUUGUGUGUUUGUAAAAGUAAUUUUAUCUCCAAAAAUUAAAUGACAGUCUCAUCACUUUAUCAAAAUUCUGCUUCUACAAGCAUAUUUGAUUAUGCAAAAGUUAAUCUGUCCUGCAAAAACCUACGCUUCAGUCAAUGAAUAUCAGCCUGGCAGGCAGUUACUUGCUGGGGGUGUCUUUCCCCCCAUGGUUCUGCAUAGAAAUUGGAUUGUAAGCAGUGUAAUAAUAAGGUGUUUUUUGAAUUACUUGUCUUUUGUUUUGUCCUUGUAGAUGACAGUUUGAUUUACAUGGAUCCUCAUUACUGCCAGUCUUUUGUAGAUGUCAGCGUAAAGGAUUUCCCCCUCGAGGUAGGAUGGAUAAAGAGCCAGCACUGUUUGCUUCAUAUAUGAACCAAACACUAAUUACUUAGAUCGUUUCCCUUUCUUUCUUUCUUUCUUUCUUUAACAUAGAAUCACAAAAAGGAAUAAACUAAAAAAUGAACCAAGCCAAAUUCAUUGCUGAUGUUUUGUAUACAGUGGAAUACAUAACCUCUGAAUUUGUUUGCGUGUCAGAUUUUUGCUUUGAGACAACCAAAGUCUAGUUUUGGUGCUUUUGCAACGGGAGUAGCAUAACCUCACUCCUUGUUACUCCCCUCCCACUUACAGGAAUUUCAAGUGCUGAGUGUCCAGCUUCACUGCUUUGGGAAGGAGAGUUCUCUCAGUUGUGUGUGUGGUUCAUACAUGAACAGCUCUAUGCUCAGACUAGAUGCUGCACGUGUGUGUGGGGGGGGUCCCAUGACUUUCCCAGGCUUGGAACUAGGGGAAGGGCUGUAUCUCUGUGGCAAAGAAUCUGCUUGGCACGCAGAAGGUCCCGGAUUCAACCAUUGGGAUCUCCAGGUAGGGCUGGGAAUGUUCCCUUCCCGGAAUCUUGACGAGUCUCUGCCAGUCAGUGCAGACAAUACUGAAAUGUAUGGAGCAGUGGCCCGACAGUUUCCCAAGUUCCUGUGAUUUAGAUGGGGCCACACACAAAACAUUGGGGAGUGCAGUGCCUCUGCUAUGCCCCUGGGACUGUUUACGGAGCUGAAAGCAUGUAGAUGGAAAUAGUUCUGAGAUUAUGAAUGCCUUUACUUGACCCAAGUUGACUUGCAAUGCAAACCUAUGAUACCUGAAUGCAACGGAAGGCAGCAUCCCACAAGGAAGGUGUGUAGCACCCCACUGUGCUAUCUGCUUUUUCUCCAGACUUUUACCUUUCCCAUGACAAAGGCUGAACAUGGACCAUGAUGCAUAAAGAAAGAAGCACCCCCCCAAAAAAAAUUGCUUCACUACUUGCUACUAGCAGCAGCUGGCCCAAUUUACAGCUAGUCUGCGUCCCAGGAACCCAGGUCUCAGGAGCACAGGAGUGUUGAACCUGUGGCCAUCCAGAUAACUUGAACUCCACAGUUUCCAUCAGCCAGCUUGGUUAGAGUUGAUGGGAACUGUAGUCCAACAACAUCUGUUGGGCAGUAGGUUCUCCUCUUCAUAUUUUUUUAAAACAAGUUUCCAGACCUCUGUCAAGGGGGUAAACUUGAAAUCUGCUUGAACAACUCACAAACAGACAGGGCACAGCAGCCCCAUGCAUUUUGUGUUUAAAAAAUACUGGCUGCAGUGUGAAUCAGAGCUUUUGAGCUAGCACUGAUGAAGAUCCUAGUCACUCCUAUAGUCUGCGCAGCUCAUCUACACAAAAGGGCCUUUUCUCUCACCCCACUUGAGCUGUUUACAUUAAUUCUGCACAGUUUAGCGGCUGCCGCUCAGGCUCAGGCAUUUUUCCAUCUGGAUUAAAUUGUGCAAAUACUUUUUAGCUUGUGUGUAAUCCUCAGAUUAGUAGUGAAUUAGUAGUGAAUAAAAUAGUAAUAUUAGGUAAAGGUACGGCCGUACGGGCCAGUCUUGACAGACUCUAGGGUUGUGCGCUCAUCUCACUCUAGAGGCUGGGAGCCAGCGCUGUCCGCAGACACUUCUGGGUCACGUGGCCAGCGUGACGAAGCUGCUCUGGCAAACCGGCACCAGAGCAGCACACGGAAACGCCGUUUAUCUUCCUGCUAUAAAGCGGUACCUAUUUAUCUACUUGCACUUAAGGGUGCUUUCGAAUUGCUAGGUGGGCAGGAGCUGGGACCGAACGACAGGAGCUCACCCCGCCGCGGGGAUUUGAACCGCCGACCAUGCGAUCGGCAAGUCCUAGGCGCUGAAGUUUUACCCACAGCGCCACCCGCGUCCCUAAAAUAGUAAUAUUAGUAGUGAAUAAAAUAGAUUUGCACAUACAUAUCCAUUGUAGUAUUGUUAAAAGGCUUUUAGCAGGUAGCAGUCCUAGAUGAGAAGUUAAGGAACGAGAAGUUAGGUUACAGCAGGUCGAGAGAGAAAGGAAUAGAGAGAUAUCUGUGUAUUAUAGUUGUCUAUAGUUUAUGGAAACGAUUUCUUAUUAAAGUAAUAUCUGUUUGCUCAGUUCCUCAGUAAUCAUUUUUUUAUAACAACAGUGUCUGAUUCUUCCUGAUGUCCGAGGUAAAAUGGCUACCUGAACAUAUGUGGCAUAACAAGAACAUGCCGAUUUGGGUGGUCUCACAUUGCAAGAAGCACUCUUUUAACAACUGAAUUGUGGAUCAGACCUUAAUGUUGAGUGAAUGUAAUAAUAAUCUGUCCUUGUCUAGGGGUGUCAAAAACUAACAGAAAUUGCUUUCUUAUUGUAGGUAACAGUUCUGCUAGAUUUCUCCAUAUCAUAUGUUUUCAGAAUUGAUAAACUGUCCAGGCUAAGUUGAAAAUCAAUCCAGUCUGCAGUCAACCUACAGAAUCUAUUUGUUUGGAAGAGCCUGACCGCUGUUCUAUGCAUGUAGAGUGUAUUUUCUAAGCAUUGAGAUAAAACCCUGGAUAUGCUGCACUGCUUUUCCAGUGCUGCUGAGCUAUCCCCUUUUGUGUGUGUGUCUGUUGGGAAACUUCAGGUUAAAGUAUUAUAUCGCUGAAUUUCAAAAAUGAGAAUUAUUUUUCUAAAGUGGAUAAAAUGUUCUACUGGGUUACUUUUCUCUGUGUUGAAGAAAAGUAGAUCUAUUAUAUUGGAAUCUCACUAAUAAAAAGUGCAUUGCAAUGGAAAAGAUACAUCAGUGGAAAGGAGGUAUAAUGAAAAAUGAUUUCAUCCAGUUCUUCUAAGCCCUUGCAAAUUUCUGUAAAACAGUAGGGAGACAAGAGCAGCUAUCAGGGAAUUGUUAUUGCUGGUAGAUGCUGGCAGUAGGUCUCUAGGUUUUCAGAAAGUUUUCUUUCCCAGUCUUCCUUGGCAAUGCAAGAGACUGAUCCUGUGGUUAUUUGCAGGCAAAGCACGUGUGCUUGCCUGAAAAAGUCAGUUGGGUCAUGAAAUGGUCAACUUAUCUUUUUAUAAAGUUCCUCCCCUGGAAACAGUCACUUAAUAUCCUUCAUGACUUGCAUUUUGCAGAUUCAAAUGUGCAGAGAAAAGCAUGCUUGUUACUUUAGAAGUGCCAAAAAUAAGGAAGAAACAACACUGUCUUAAAAUACCUGCAAAUUAUGCCAAAUUUCUUUUCUAGCAGCACCCAUGUUUUUCCACAUUGCAGUUGGAGAUGAUAGGUUUAUUAUUUUACUUGGAAAAAAUGGGAAAUUUUGGAUUUUUUUAAACAUUUAGUUGACUUUAGCAGCUCUCAUUUUUACCAUGUAAAAGUGCUUUUUGUUAAUUGAACUGGUAAAACUCAGUCAGUUUCAUGGAAAUGUUUUAUGAAUCAUUCGGAAACAGGGCGAGUAAUUGUAUCUUAUAUCAAUCAUUUUCUCUUGUGCUUUUAAAGCAUUUUAAAAAUCUUUCAUCCACUUAUAAUUACAGUCAUUCCACUGCCCUUCUCCAAAGAAGAUGUCUUUCAAAAAAAUGGAUCCUAGCUGCACUAUAGGGUUAUAUUGUCCAAAUGUGCAAGCCUUUGAAAGGGCCUCUGAAGAAAUAACUAAGGUAAGCAUCCACAUGAUGAAACUGAUACUUUACCUUGUCGUCCUUUACUUUUAUAUUAUUUUAUUUUGGAACAUCUUAAAUAUUACUCUUCAAGAUAUAUUAUCAAGGCUUGAGCCACUGAUAUGUACUGGCAAAGACAAAUAUAUAAGCCCACCAGCAAUCUUUUGUGAUCCCAUUACAUCAGCACAAUUGAACUGUAAACUCUAGAUAAAGAAAUAUCUUAAGUAGAUGAUUCAGUAACUACUUACACAAGAGUAUUUUCAGCAGAUAUGCCUAUCACCAGAGAAAAUAGCCUUUCUUAAAAAUAAUCUGCAUCUUAAAAGGCAGGUUUUUUUGGGGGUGGGGAUCACUGACCAACUUAACUGAAUUACAUGGGGUAAAUGAUCUUGCAACGCAUGCCUAUGUGUAUUGUAGAAGUUAAAUUAACUCUGAGAUAAUUUCCCCCUUCUCAAUUAUAUCAAGACCAAGUGUAAGGUUGUCCCACUAGGUGGCAGCAUUUAAACGAAAAUAUUUAUGCGGAAAGCUUCAGACACUGAAUGAUCUUCUACACAAAAAGAAUCUUUUAAAAGGCAAUCAAUUCCUUGGGGAUGACUUUAAAUGGAAAUAUUAAAUCAAACUAAAUUGUGCAUUAUUAUUUGUUAGUGUAAGUAUGUUUGUUACAUUUACAGAUAAAAUAUUAUUACUAUGUGUUAGCACCAUUUUAAAUUUACUGUGAAAGUAAGCACAUCCGAGAUACAAGCAAACACAGGGUUGUUUAUUACAUCUGGUAUAAACUAAGAAAAAGGAAAUAAAAUUGUUACAUUUAACACAUAAAAAGGGAACAGCCACUAUAUUUGCACAGUAACACACGCCACUUUCUCUUAAUUGUUCGUGCUCACUCCCAUCUACUCAUCUGUUUGUUUUCAUCAAGCUGACAUAAAUAGUUGCCUUGCUCAAAAGUACGAUAGACAUUUAAAACUAUGGUGGUUUAACAAAUUCUUGUCUGAAAGAUGGCAUAGGAGAAGGCUUUCCUAGUACCACUCUUACAGCACUUAGGGUGCAGUCCUAUGCAUACUGUGCAAGUCCCAUUGGACUGAUUUGCACUGUUAAAGCUGCUAGGUAUUGUGGAGUGGAAGUGUGAAAGUAAAAAAAUAAAAAGGAAGGAUCUAGGAAGAACCCAUGUCAUAUUGACUCGUUGGCCUUGUUUGUAUCUAGCAGUGAGCCAUGGUCAGAAAUAAACCAUGCCUUGUCAUGAAUGAAUGACAUGCUGGUACAGACUGCUCAGUUUGCAUGUAAUGCUAAGCCAAGCUUUGUGGUUUGUUUCUCGUGGAGAUCCUGGCAGGAUGGAGCAGGCACGAUUGACCAGCAGGCAGCAGCACACUGCUCAUUCAUAGUAAGCCAUAGUUUGCUUCUGGCCAUUUUUGUUUCUUUAUUUUGCUUGAUAAUUGAAUCUACCUUCUGAACAAUUCAUAGAUGUUGGAGGCCCAAGCUUUGCUCACAUCCUUCAUAAAGAGAGAGAGGGAAUAUGCCGCAGAUUUAAUAAUCCUAGAAAGUAAAGAGGCAUUCUGGAGUGGGGAAGGCUUAGAGAGUGGUUUGUCCAAGGCUAUAGUGUCCAUGACAGAAAAUGCAUUUGAACUAGACUUCUUGGCUCAUAGCUCACAUUUGUAGCCACUAAAUACAUUGCACUGCUUCUUAACAAUUCUGGAGAUUAGAAUUCUCUGUACAGAAGACUGCCUCAAUCAAAAUUACUUUUCUUGGGAAUCAACAUCAUUUUGAUUCCGAUUACAUUGCAUCAUUUUUCAUGUGUAUGCUUCUACAGGAAUAAUUCCCAAAUCAUUCUUUUGAAAAGAAAGCACUACAUACCUUAGAAGCCAGCCCCUGUAUCAGCAGGGAGGUAUACUAGUUCUGUGUGGUUGUCUUCCUAAGUGGGGAAUUGUUCGAGCAGUGGUACAGAACCAGAUAUUUUAAAAGUCUUUCAUCUCCUUUGAAAUGGUCGUGGCUGUGUAUUUUUUUCAUGUACAUGCGUACACCAUUUCAUUUUGUGAGAAUCUGAUAAUUUGGUGUGAAAUUUGAUAACAAUCUUUUUUCUAUCUCAAGCAAGUUUCUAGCUCAUGGCUUAAUGUGAAUUCAGAAAUAUAUAGGCAAUUUCUGAAGAUAGCUGAAAAAGCAGACCAAGAAGGGCUUUCAUUGGGUAAAUGGAUUUCAGCCUAUCAAUGCCCUUCACAGCUCCCGUAUCACAUUUCGAUUUUGUAGGUCUUGAGUGUCAAAGAUUAAGAAGGGUAAAAAAUUAGUGCAAUCAUUUCCACAGUUCUGUGGUCUGAGUUUCCUUACAUUCCCUUAACAGUCAGUAUUUAGGGAAUCGUGGUUUAUUAUAUCUAGUGUCCUCCAUACAAAUUUAGCAAGAAGCCACUAGACUAAUGUAUAUCGUCCUUGCAAAAUUGUGUGUGUGUGUGUGUGUGUGUGAACACAUAUAUUUUCAUCUAUAAUGGGAAGAAACUCAUCAGACACUGAGUAAGUGGGGAGCCGCUUUUACUUAGUCGUGGUGGUGGCUGUCAUGUUGCAAGACACCUGUCAAUUAGGAGGGGAAGGCCUGCCAGCUAAUUUCACAGGCUACCAAACAGCCAUCAGAAUACCGUGAACUUCUGUUACUGAUGUGGGCUGAAUUGAUCCAACAGCCAAAUGAUAAAAGGUUGUAUCCAAUUAUCUUGUCCCUUGAGAUCUGUUGCCCUGUACCACCUUCCUAAAAUGUUCCCCUUUCACAUGAGCCUCCUUUUUCCGUCUCUCCUCUGCUCACCUCUGCUCAUGUCGUGGUUCUCCUUGCCCUUCUCUUUCACAAUACUAUCAGAAGGAUGUAAUUAAACUGGGAUAGAACAGUUUAAUGUAAUUAAACUGGGAUAAAACAGCAGAGCACAGUAAAAAAAUGUGGAAUUUGAUUUUACUGCAAGCAUGAUUUUCCCGCUUCUGACUGUUGUUGUUUAAUACCUCAUUCUGCUUAAAGAUUUUUAAAAAUUGUUUUGGAUUAAAUGUGCAAUUAGAACUAUUUUUGAAUUUCUGAUUUGACCUCAUGUAGAUUAAUCUGUAGACUAAUGUGGCUUUUUAAUAUGGUGCUGUAACCAUAUACAGUGGUGCCUCGCAAGACGAAAUUAAUCCGUUCCGCAAGAGUCUUCGUCUAGCGGUUUUUUCGUCUUGCGAAGCAAGCCCAUUGACGGAUUAGCGCUAUUAGCGCUAUCAGCUGUUUAGCGGCUAUUAAAGGCUUAAAGGCUUAGGGGAUUAGCUGCUAAAAGGCUAUUAAAGGCUAUUAAAGGCUUAGCAGAUUAGAUAAAGGGGGAAAAGCGAAAAAAAUCUCAAGACUCGUAAGGUAUUUUCGUCUUGCGAAGCAAGCCCAUAGGGGAAUUCGUCCUGCGAAGCAACUUCAAAACGGAAAACCCUUUCGUCUAGCGGUUUUUCCGUCUUGCGAGGCAUUCGUCUUGCGGGGCACCACUGUAUGUAAUUUAACUGAUUAAAAUUAUAGCAGUUCAAAGAGCUGGUAUGAAGCUUGGCUUUGAACUUGCUAGGUUUUAGAUGUUAUAUGAGAGAGCUGACUGGGUAUGAUUUGUUUAUCAUUUGUUUCGCUUUGGGUGUAAUUCUACCAUGCAAAUAAAUGGGUGUUCUAGGUACAGAUCUAGUGCACACACAUCUCUGAUGGGGAGAUGUGGCAUUGGGAGGUGUGCCACAGACGUGAAAAAUAUUUAUUUGGGAUGAUUUGCAUGCCCUUUGUGCAGUGUUUUCUGCUUGGUGUUAAAAAUGAAUGCUCAGUUGACAAUGUACACAUAGUUGGAAUAAGAGCAGUGCAAUGUUUUUUGUCUUCUAAUCAAUGUUUUCCUCUGAUCCUGUGUUUAAUUGUAGAUCCUGAAAUCCUCAUCUAAGGAGAAUUACCCUUUGUUUACCUUUGUAAAUGGGCAUUCUAGAGACUAUGAUUUUCUGAUGAGUCCAGUCCUGGAAGAGAGAACCCUUUUCUCUGAGGAUGAAAACAAAAAGUUGAAAUGUUUUAGUACUGAGGACUUUGUCUUGCUGUGAGGACAUUUUAUUGUAUUUAUUCAUUUGAAAUAUUUAUGCCCCAUCUUUCCACCUGUCAGGAUCAAUAAUGUGGCUUAACAUUUAAUAUUAAAAACAACAGAUAAAACAGCCAGCCAGCUUAACCGAAAGCAUCAAUUCACAGAAAGAUAGAAAUAAAGCAAUACAAUUAUCCAGGUCUGCUACUGAUGAUCAGUUCCACCAAUGCGUUUUCUAAAUCCCAAAAAGUUGGGGAGGUGGGGGGAAGAACAAAAAACCCCUCUUGGAAGGGAAUUCCACACUCUAGGCACCACAACAAAGGAGCUUUGCAUAGUUAGUCUUAACAUUUCUCAGGGCAGGGGAGUCAGAGCCGAGUUUCUAGCUGUGGCUCAAGUGAAGCCAUUGCACCUCCUAGCAGUGAAUUCUAGGUGCUGAAGAUUCACACAUGGGUUAAUAUGUACUGUACUUUACCUGUCUGAAGGGAGAAGCAGAAGGGUGAAGCAAGUCCCACCCCACCCCCCCCAAAUCCCAUCUCAUGUAUGAAGUGGCAUCAAGUUGGGAUAUUUUAACUAUCGUUUGGACAGCCCUUCUUCUCAUAGCGAACCCACAGUGGUGCAAGAGGUGGCCCUACCUGAAGCAGAUGUAUGCUCCUAGGUGUACAUCUAGGUGUGGUUUAUCAGUUUGCUUUGUGCUUGAUGGGAAGCAGUAGUUUUGGUGCGUUUGAAGUCUUGGCAUACCUUCUUGCCCUGAAAGCAACACCAACAUCUGUAAAGGCAUUGUUGGCCUGGCCUCAGCAGCUGACGUAUUCUCUAGACGUUUGGAUUUGUCCACCAAGCUCGCCAUCCCAUAGUCUUACCUGCUGUGGCAGUUCCAGAGAACAGUAAGAUAACAAUUUCCCUUUGAAAAUACAUGUGUUGUGUUCUUCAGGUUUCAGAUUUUGCCAACGUGUUUUUUUUUAAAAAAAACACUCUUUGUAAAUUUAUUAUUUUCUUAGAUUUUCUUAGAUAGUUGAUGAAUAAUGAAAUGAUGCACUAGUAAAGGAAUAAAUCAUUGUUUCACUUCAAAUAUGGUACAAUAUUGAAGAUUAUGUGCCAGAGUUACUUUCUCUUUAUGGUUUGCAGUGUAAUCUAAAUAUUCCCUAUUCAAAUCAGUUUUUUGACAUUGACGCCACAUAUUUUUUGGGAUCCCUGAUUCAGAGUAUCUGUGAUGAACUUCAUUCAACCCACUAAAAGGCAGCCGGACAUGUGAGGUAAUUUAUAUGGCGAGUUUGCAGUAUGGAUUCAAAUCCAUUGAGAACAAGUAUUUAGGAUGUUGUCUUAAUUUAAGAUGAAUGUGGAUAAAGAGUCAGCAAAUAAAAAUAUUAGUGUUACUCUGUCUGAACUCCCAUAAUGUUUAAUAACAUAAUCAUGAAGUGCCACUUCCAGUGUGCAUCUUGCUCAAAUGUGCAUCUACUUUUAAAAAACCAACCAGUAAUAUGGAUGCAAUUGUGAAAGCUGAGCUAUGUAAGUGCAUUAAGGUACUGCUUAGCAAUAUUACCUUAUAAUGGCUAGUCAUUAAGAUCAUAGUGGAAUCUUAAUAAGAAGAGCUAAUACAGUAUUGGCUUCUCUCACAAUUUGAAGAGGUAUGUUACCAAUAAUAAUCUGCAACCAAUCACAGUAGACACAAACAGUUAUUACACGGGUGCUGUGUGUUUUGUUUCCUGUCUCCAAAUACAAUUUGGAUGCUUACAAUAUUAACACUGUAGCUUGUAAAUCAAAGCAUAUAACUGCAAGGUGAGAAGUUAACAGCAGACACGCAAGGGGGUGAUGAUCUGGUUUGUGAUACCUCUAGCCACUGAUGUACAUUUAGAAGUACCAGUCACUUAGCAUGUAAAUCUCUAACAGCAGGCUUAAUUUCAGCGCAGCAUAUUUUAAGUGCACACAAAUAAGAUGGGGAAGAAAACUGUUGCUUUAUUAAAUGUGAAAAUAUUAAAUGCUCAUGCCUUCAUUUUAAAAAUGUAUCGUUAUUCCUGGGAUGAUUUUUUUCCUUCUUUCUAAAGAAACAAGCUAUGUAAAAUGGCCUGGCUAUUGGUUCUGUUUGUUGUAACCCAACAUUCUGCUACAGUUGUCUUGUCUGAAUAAUAAGCUCCCUGUACCUCCUUUUUACAAGGAUGACAAAAAGGACAAUUUAUAGACAAAGCACAAAACUUGUUUGAACUGUGCCCAAUGCAGCUAAAUGGGAAACUUGCAAGUCGAAUGAUGGCUCAUUCAGUGGCAAAAUGUUUGGGAAGUCAUGAAGUGCAAUCUUUUGUGGAAGUAAGUUCCAAUGUGUUAAGUGUGGCUUACUCUCUAGUAAGUGGUAAGCAAAUCUAAUGCACAAACUUUUUAUUGGUACAUGACAAUAAUGGUAGUGUAUUAAUUGUAGUAUAUCUGUAUAUACAGUUGUAUAUUUUUCACUAAACAGUACAAAAGACCAUUUGUGC